AUGUUACCUGUUUCACGACCCGAGGGUCAUAUGAGCCUCAAUUAUAUUCCCACCACCCAACCGAUGUCUGGGACAUCCACGGGGCGCAGCUCCCCGAGUGAUUUGUCCGCCGCCGCCGUUAAGUCGCCCUUUGGACCAAGCGGCUUAAAUGGCGCUGCAGGGUCAAUCGGAAAUGCGAGGCUAGGGGCUGGAUCCCCUUCUCAUGACCUUGGAGCUCGCCUAUACUCGAAAAGGGCACGAGAGAUUCAGGCAGAGGAGGGUGUCUCGCCAAGUAUCUGGGGUCCUCCUACCAGUGGCCAUUCCACGCCGCUGCGCGAAAAUAUCCCCGAGUCUCCCAGCCAAGAGGGUUUCCCUGACUUGGUGCCCACCUCGAGUGGCUCAAUCAAUAGCCCUGCCCGGAGAGCUAGAGCUGGCACUGUACCCUCCAGAUUCUCUCCCGUUGGUGCGCUCAAUGAGGCAAGCCUCCAACAAUCUUUUAUGUCUCAAACUUCCCGGCCCACGCCAUCAACUAGCCCUUUUCGCCCCUCUGGUGUUCCUGGAAUCGAUACGGGCGUGACUGCUGCUCCUGUUGCUACUGCAAGGGGUGCAGGUUCCUUGUCGCGUCUUCGAGCUGGCUCAAUGCCGCAGAGAGCGAAUUUCCUUGGGUCGUCCAGCCCUUUCGGACCAUCCCUAUUCUCUACUAGCUGGACUACGGGCCGCGAUCGGGCGACUACCCUUACGAGUAUCCGGUCUUCUGAGGGGCCUACUUCCCCCAGCCAUUCGUCCUUUUCGAGAGAUGGACUCACGGAUACCGAUGUUAAGACCCUGGACUACCUGGGUCUUGCUGAGACUCCGCAACAAGCACGGGCCACUCUUGCGCGACCCUCUGUGGAUAUGCUUCUCCAACAGCAGCAGCAGCAACAGCAACAGCAAGCUUCUACCUUGCCGCCGUUACUGGCAGAACUGGCUAUGAUGAAAAAUAACAAUAGAUUUCGAUCAUACUCCGUGAACGCCAAAGAAAAGUAUGCCGACGAUGAGGACCUCGAGUAUGAAAGUCGCUACUCACAAAUUCCUUCGGGUACUGUUACACCUUCUGCCGCUGCAACUGCCGCCCAUCUGGCUGCUACCCAGGCCCAGAUCCAUCAACACAACUUGGCCGUCCAAGCAUUUGCUAACCAUGCUUCCGCUAACCGGCCGCGGGCUAGGACUGCGGGAAUAUUGGAGGCCCCUCCCCAGCGGUCCUCAAUUCGCAACUAUCUAGCCACCCCUUCGCGCCUUGAGAAUAGCUUUAGCGCUGCUGAUCUGAAUAUUGCAGAGAGUGGAGAAUAUGACGAGUUGUCCGAGGCUGUGCAGCUGAUGCAUUUGGGUGGAGGUGGCGCUCCUAAUCUGGGCAUGCGGCAAGGCGACGUAGUUGAUGAAAAUAAUCAGGACGGUCCGACGCGUGCCUUAUGGAUUGGCAGCAUCCCAGUCUCCACUACUAUCACUUCUUUGGCGGCCAUCUUUAGCAGAUAUGGUAAAAUCGAAUCCACCCGGGUCCUGACGCACAAGAACUGUGGAUUCGUCAAUUUCGAGCGUGUUGAGAGCGCUAUCCAGGCUAAAUCGAUCCUCAACGGCACAGAGAUUUUCCCUGGCGCAGGGCCGGUCCGAAUUGGAUACGCUAAAGUUCCUGGCACUUCUGCCUCUACUCCUGGGAUUAACGGCAUUCAAUCUUCUCCGACUCCUGACCCUAGCGCUAAGUCGAGCGCUGCUGAUGGCAUGGAAAGCUCUGAUUCUGGGACCGUUGUUCCGCAGAUACCUCCCCUGCCCGAGCUUCAAUCGGAGAUGGUGCAGAUCGUUAAGGAAUUUGGCGCUACUGACGAAGACGCACUAAGUAUAACUGCUAGUAUUCAACAGGCGAUUGCUUUCCAGGCAUUCGAAGACGAGAUUCCUCCAAUUCCUGAGCCCAGUCAAACCAGAAUGUUCGAUGCUCCACGUCUCCGUGAUAUCCGCAAGAGAAUUGAUAACGGUGCAUGCUCGGUUCAGGAGAUUGAAGAGACUGCAAUCUCGAUGCUACCAGAGAUUGCAGAGCUAUCCUCUGAUUAUCUGGGUAACACCGUUGUGCAAAAGCUUUUCGAAUUUUGUUCGGAACCGAUCAAGGAGCAAAUGCUUGUUCAGAUUGCGCCCCACCUCGCUGAGAUUGGUGUUCAUAAGAACGGUACCUGGGCUGCACAGAAAAUUAUUGACGUUGCCCAGACUCCAAAUCAAAAGAAUAUGAUUGUGGAUGCACUCCGCCCAUACAUCGUUCCACUUUUCCUUGAUCAAUACGGAAACUACGUCCUUCAAUGUUGCCUUCGUUUUGGCUCCUCAUUUAAUGACUUCAUCUUUGAGGCCAUGCUGAGCCGCAUGUGGGAGGUCGCCCAAGGACGGUUCGGGGCUCGGGCUAUGAGAGCUUGCCUCGAAAGUCACCAUGCCACCAAAGAUCAGCAGCGCAUGCUUGCGGCCGCAAUCUCCCUCCACAGUGUGCAGCUUGCGACAAAUGCUAACGGUGCGCUAUUGCUCACGUGGUUCCUCGACACUUGUACUUUCCCUCGCCGCCGAACUGUGCUUGCUCCGAGACUCGUGCCGCACUUGGUGCAUCUCUGCACUCACAAAGUUGCGUAUUUGACGGUUCUCAAGGUCAUUAACCAACGCAACGAGCCCGAUGCCCGUGAGAUUGUUUUGAAGGCACUGUUCUUCAGCCCCGGUGACGAGGUCUUGGAGAAGAUUUUGAGCGAUCAAACAUCUGGAGCGACCUUGAUUUUCAAGGUUCUGACAACGCCAUUUUUUGAUGAAUCCAUUCGUGCAGAAGUAGUGAAGAAUGUGACGAAAGUUCUCACAAAGUUGAAGGCAACACCAAGCCAGGGGUAUAAGCGACUGAUGGACGAGGUUGGCCUCUCGUCUCGUGGCGCUGCCCGGGAUAGCCAUCAUGGACGGGAUCAUGGGUCUAACUCAGAGAAGCAACAACAGCGCCCCGCCUCUCGGCCUGCAGUUUCGAAUUACCCUUCUCAGUCAUCCAUAGACAGGCAGUAUAAUAGUCAAUUUGUUCCCACCAUGCUUGCUCAAAACUUGGAUAAUACCCGGUCCGAUCAGCAGCCAAAUGUUGCGUCGUUUGAUCCUUAUGCCAUCAAUGGAGUGAAUGGCCUUGGCUCUGCGGGUACUAUCAAUCCUUUGAACGGCGCUUCAGGCAUUAAUAGUUCGGGCUUCGGCCAAGACCCCUUGUUGCCACUUCAACAGGCGCAGUACCAGGCUUAUCUGGCUGCACAAUCCCGAGGUAUCUCGCCUGGUGGAAUUUACCCGAACCUAGGUACCACCAAUUUUGGAUAUCCAGGUGGAUCUCCUUCGGUGGACAACCUUCGGAGCAUACAGGCUCAGGGUAACCCCUUGUCUGGCGCUACGCAAAUGAGCCCCCCUGGCUCUAUGCUCAAUCAGCCAGGCUUUGGUCCCCAGCAGUUUAGCCCUGUCAUGGGCACGUCUCAGAUGUACCAGUAUCCUCAAUAUAAUUUCCAGCAGCCUGCCCAAGGACAGUCCGCUGGGGGACGACGUGGACGUGCCUGUGCAAGUCUCGGCAGUGGCUGGGCUUUCGAGUCUUUCGACGUCUCGCAGCAGAUCGGCCCCGGCACCAUCUUCGAAACGGAUGUACUUCCAGGGGUGACAUAUCACCUGACUGGUGCAUGCUCUUGCUGCCAGACUGGAGGCAUUAUCGUGGCAACGGGAUAUCAAAGCAGUAACUGUCUUCGCUGA